GGCUGGCAGGACGGCUAGAGGCCGGGGGCACGGCUUGUGCGUGUAUCUUCAGAGACUCUCGAUCCCCAAAUUAUAGCUCGAAUUACUUAUAAUCGGCCAUGAUUGAUGAAUAGCGAGGUGUAGUGUUAACAAUCUGGCAUCAGAGCCGUUUGAUCCGUCGGCCCUUCCGACUCACCACCGGCACACGAGGUUCGCCAAUCGGCAGCGUGCGACGGCGAUGGACCGCAUCCCGCCGGAGACCAAGGCCAUCUAUGACCUUCUGCGCGCCGACUUCGACAAGGUCGACCGCGAGCGCGAUGAUUCCACAACCCAGGCCAUCGCGCGGCUUAACGCCAAGCUCGACCUCCUUUCCGGUCGCCUGGAUGAGGUUAAGGUUUCGAUCGGAGUCGACCUCGACGAACUGCGGCAAGGGCUUGACAAGCCGGCUCCACCGACGCCACCAAUCGCUGAUCCCUGCGGUGCGCCUGAAACGCUGACCUGGGUGCAGGGCAACAAUUCAUCGGGUCCUGAGGGGCAUUGCCUCGACUCUAAAAAUCGGGGGUCAGCCCAGCGGGUGUACGUACCGCCACCAAUCAGAGAUGCCGCAUUUCGAUGGAUCCAACCCGAAACUGUGGCAGACCCAUUGUGAGGACUAUUUCAGGUUUUGAGGCACACCGCAGGGUCAGUGGAUUUCUCUGGCUACUUCGUUGUUUGAAUCAUCAGCUGUGAGAUGGCUUGCGUCAGUUCGCCGUAGGGCACCGAACGCCACCUGGGAUGAACUCUGCAGACUGCUUCACAACAGGUUUGGUCGUAACUUGCAUUAGACUGUCCUACGAAUUUUUUUCCACAUCUCUCAGACCGGAACAGUGGAAGAUUAUGUUGAACAGUUUUCUGAGUUGUUUCAUCAGUUAUCUGCUUAUGAGAGUGCCCCAAAUACAGUGCAUAUGUGACUUUUUUA